AUGGGUAGAUUGGGACACUGCGUCUGCUCCGGUUUCCAGUACUUCCAGCAACGGUUGGAGCCUGUCUCCAUCAACGAGUUCCCUGACGAGCAUUUAUCACAGCACAUCAACAACGCAUUCAAGUAUAUCGACCUCGUCAACGACGUCAAUCCGCACUCACUCAUACCCUACUUCCUCCACGAGUCUGUCCUCCACGAGCCUGAUCACUUACCCUACUACGCAUUCAAGACCAACCUCGAGCACCGCAUAUACAACGUCAUCCACUACCCUUUCGACAACAUCGACGAUCACCAGCACGACGACACAGAGCAUAGCUUCUUCAUCGAGCUCUACAAGCUCCAGCUUCUCCUCAACUUCGACCUCGACCUCGACCUCGACUCCAAUCUCAAUCUCAACGUCAACGUCAACGUCAACCUCUACGUCGACCAUCACAAGCAGUUCAACGACUUCAACGUUGACUACAACGUCGACAACUUCGACCAGCUGCCCAACAAGCACUUGCGCAACUGUAACACAGGUAUAAUCCCCGAUGUCGAUGUUGUCACUGACGGCGGCUUCGAGGGUGUUGAUAACGGUGUGACACUUACAACCGGUGUGACAAGUGGUGGCUGGACUGUCGGCGGUUCAGCAUAUUUCGACUUCAAUGGCAGUCCCAAUGGUUAUACCACGCCCGACGACGAAAAAUUUGUCGUAUUUCCGGGUUCGAACACUGUAACUGCAACUGUUUCUCAAACCAUCGUCAACCUUGUUCCCGGUACAACCUAUGAACUGAGCUUCGACUACAGCAUCCCAUACUCUACAGCAGUCAACGAUGGAGUCGCGAAUUUUUGCUAUUUGACUGUCAGCCUAGGUGGCCAAACUGUACCAGAUCUUAUCGGAUUUCUCGGGGAAGCGCAACCGGCAUGGGGCGAAAUUCGGGAUGUUGACUUGGUUGCGGAAUGUUCGGAAGAGAUUCUUACUUUCAGCUGGGACUGUUCUGGUCUGGAGGAUGGAAUGGAGACUGAUUUCGCGAUCGACAACGUUAGUUUGGAAGGAGCAUAUUGUGCUCCGGCAGAUCCUGCCUCCUCCUCUACAACGACUUCUUCGACGACUUCUUCGACGACAUCUGCGCCGUCUACCUCUUCCACCUCGUCGUUAACCACCGCUUCAUCCUCGUCUAGCAGCACGUUCACAAUCCCCACCACGACGCCGAUAACGACGACGACAACUACAACUUCCACAACCACCACCACCACCACCACCACAUCAUCGGGACCAACAUGUGCCGCAACGGGACUCGCAACUGGCAGCUGCCCCUCCCAGUCGUCCACAUUCGUCACAAGCAAUGGCGUAAUCUUCCAGAAAUACUGCGACACGUAUUACUUCGGCAACACGCCUGUACAGAUGAACGGGAACUUCCAGGGUGAUUACGGCGCCUGCGCGGAGCUGUGCUCGCAAAACCCCGAGUGCACAUCGUUCGUUUAUGAGACGCCUGGGGAUGGUAUCCCAUAUGACUGCGAUCUGUGGAGUGGACCGCUCACAAACGGGUCGCCUUCGUCGAGUAGGGGCAACUUCGACACGGGUGUUGUGGUGCAGACAUGUCAGUAG